AUGAGUAUGCCAGCAACUGAGAACUCCAAUGUCUUACCAGAUAAGACAGAGUUCAUGCAGCAUUACAUGUAUGAAGCUACGGACGUACCCGUCAGCCCUUGUAGUAUAUGCUGGGACGAUCCCGCGCAGACUCCCAUACGACUUCCUUGCAAGCACAUCUUUUGCAAAGAAUGUCUUGUGCUGUGGUUCGAGAAGUCGGACAAUUGUCCGAUGUGUCACGGUGGAGGACGAGUCUUUGAGCCGUAUCAUCGAAAGACUGCACACUACAUCAAAGCCUGGACGAUAUUGGCCUUCGCAAUCGUUCCCAUAAGUCUUGCCUCCCAGGCGGGAAAUAUGAUUCAGGAAAAACCUUGGAUCGGCAUCGCCUAUUCACCCGUCUCAUUCUGCUUCAUCACAGCGUCUGAGUUCAAGAUGGCAUAUGCGAGCAAAGGCCCAGAUUGGUGGCGAGACAUGAAGCUCACGAAUUACAUUCAAGGCAACACCAUGAGGCGAUGCUUCCCUCUCAUGUUGAUGUGCGUCGCUUUGGUUGGGCUUGUACCUAUUGCUAUUGCGGUGUAG